AUGAAGCUGUUAAAAAGAUGUUUUAGAAAUAAGUUUAAAAAAGAAGAAGAACUAAAAAAAAUAAUGUCAAGUUUUUUAAGAGAAGCAGUUUCUAAAGAAAAGAAAAGAUAUCAGAAAUUUGGGUUUGAUCUUGAUUUGUCGUAUAUUACUCCACGUAUUAUUACAAUGGGAUUUCCUAGUGAAAAAUUUGAAGCUGCUUAUAGAAAUCCAUUUCCAGAUGUAAUGAAUUUUUUAGAUACGUUUCAUGGGGGUCAUUAUAAAGUUUAUAAUUUUUGUUCAGAAAAACCAUAUGAUGGAGAACACAAAAUUAAAGGUGAAUAUUGUUAUUUCCCAUUCGAUGAUCAUAACGCUCCUCAAUUUGAAAUUAUAUCACAAUUAUGUAAAGAUGUUGAUGAAUUUCUUUCUCGUGACCCUCAAAAUGUUAUUGCUUUACAUUGUAAAGCAGGAAAAGGAAGAACUGGAUUAAUAGACUGUCUUCAUUCAUAUGAAGCAGUUGAUCUUUAUGGAAAUGCAAGAACAUAUGAUAAAAAAGGAGUAACUAUCCCAUCACAACUUAAAUAUGUUGGGUAUUGGGGAUCAACUUUAUUGGCAAAACUACCAUAUGGACAAAGAAAAUUAAAAUUAAUUUCAAUUACUAUGAAACCUAUUCCAAAGAUUAAUGAAGAUUUAAGAAUUAAAAUCUUUUUAUGGAAAACUAUCCAAUGUGAUAAAGCUCUUGGAACAGUCAGAGGAGGAAAAGGAAGAGAAAAUAAAAAUAAAAGAGAAGCUGACAUUGAUUUGUUUGAUAAAAUUUAUGAAGAAAUUAAACAACAUAAACCAGAUGUGUCAAUAAGAGAAACUAUUUGUGCAUGGGAUUGGAAGAUGAGAGAACAAGCUGGUUCAGAUAAAUAUGGAGAAGAAUCAAUUACUUUUCCAAUUGAAAAUGUUAAUUUAAUGGGAGAUGUAAAAGUAGAAGUUUAUAGCCAAAAACUAGGACAAUUAUUUACUGUUUGGUUUAAUACAUGGUUUGUUAAAGGAACUACUUUAACAUUAACAAAACUUGAAUUAGAUAAAGGGUGUCGUGAUGAAAAAUUCCUUGCACCAAACUUUACAUUAACUAUUCAAUUUGAAGAAUUAGAAACUAUUAUUAAAGAAGAAAAUGUUCCAACAUCUAUUUCAGGUAUUAACGAAUUAGUUACUCCUGACAUGGUUGACCUUUCUUCUAUUCCACCUCGUUGUGAAAGUGUUAUUGCUGAUCUUCAAAGUCAUCCAGGAGAUAUAGUAUUUGGAGAAAGUUGGGGAGUAGUUGCUAAUUCAGUAUAUGCACCAUCAAUGUAUCCUAAUUAUCAUCUUGCAGCUAAUUUCAAUUUAUAUGAGAAAGUAUUGGAUCAUUUAUUAACUCCUUUUCCUUCAAUACCACUUAAUCAAAUUUCAAGUAAAAAAUUUGAUAAAACAACAAGAAGUCCAUUAGAAGUUAGUAGAUCUUUAUUAUAUGCAAUAAUAUCAUUAUACUUAAGAUCAGGAUUUUAUGGUAGAGUUAAUGACGUUGAUAUUGAAUCAAUUUAUCUUGAUAAAAAACAAAAAUUUGCAAUUUUUGAAGCACAAUCUACUGAAUUAGCUGUUAUUAGUUUAUUACAUUUAAAAGAUGAAGAAAAAGAACCAUUUUGGUUAAAUAUUUAUCACACUAUGUUACUUCAUGGAUUAAUUUAUAUGAAACAUAGACCAUACCCAGACCAUCGUACAUUAAUGGAACAGUAUAAAAAAAUUGUUUAUAAAAUUGAUGGAUUAGAUUUUACUUUACAAGAAGUUCUUUGUGGAAUGUUAAGGGCACCAUUUGGAAAAGAUGAUUCAUUAGGAUCAAAUAUUUCAUACCCUUCAACAAGUCCUAAAGUAAAAUUUGUUUGUAAAGAAAAAGAUAAUUUCAUUUGUUUCUUAAUAAGUUUUGGCAUGACUUCAUCACCUCCUAUUUGGUUAUAUGAAACUAAUGAAUUUACUGAACAAAAAAGAAAAGCAAUUAAUCAAUUUAUUGGAACUCAAUGCGCUGCUUUAGGUAAUUCAAAAACAAUAUUUGUUCCACAAACUAUGAAAAUGUUUGUUAAAGACUUCAAAAAUGAAAAGAACUUUUUUAAAGAAUUAUUAAAGAUUUAUAAUAUCACUGAAAGUGGUUGGAAUUUAAAAUGGCAAAAUGUUGAACGUGAAUGUGGUAUUUGGUUAGAUCAUUUAAAUAGUGAAGGUAUUACAGUUACUCACAGAGAUGUACCAUAUCUUGCACAAUAUUCUAUGUUUCAUCUUGCUUCUCCAAAAGUUUUGAUGUUGAAAAUAAAACUUGCAAAAGAAUUAGAUCAAAUAAGGAAAAUGAAAUUAAAACAAAGCACUAUACAAUUUACUACUCAAAGAAACAAAGAAGAAAAUCAAACAAAUAUAACAGUAAAUAGUCAUGAAGAAAAUCAACUGAAUUUAAUAAAUAAAACACAAAAACCACAAAUAUAUUUUAGUUCUGUUAAUGAUGAUAAAAUUAUUUUACAAUGUGAAGCUGGAGAAAAAAUAAGUAUUAGUGUAGGAGAAACAAAUCAAAGAAAUAUGUCAUUAAAAAGAGGUUUUUAUAAAAUAUCAUAUGGAACUGAACAAGAAAUGUUAGUACUUGAACCAAACUUUAGACAUGGACCUGCAAUAGAUAUUCAAUUAAAACCAAUUAGAAUUCAAAAUCAGAUAUAUCUUCUUAUAACGUUUAAUAAUUAUUGUUCAGAGACAAAUGAUACUAUUGUUAUUUUUAAUCAAAAGAAAGAAGUAACUGCAAUACACAGAAUCUCUCAAGAACGUGUUAAACAAUUUGUUAUGAAUAUUAAUCAAUGUAAAUUUAAUAUAGAAUAUGAAGUAAGACUUAUUCAAGGAGGUAAAGAAGGAUGGCUUACAAGAUUUGUUGAUUACAAUUCAUUAGUUUAUUCUUAUUCAAAAACUUUAUCUAUUGAUGAAAAAACAUUUAAUGAAAUGGAGAUUGAAAAAUUUAAUUAA